AUGGUGUGUGAGUCGCGUGAAAACCGGCCAUUCCAACCGGAGCCGUAUAGCCGGAAACAAGGGUCGGAAUUAGCCUAUCGUGAAAUGACUGACCUGAUGGAUUUUCGCGGCGAAUCCGAUCGUCCCGAUCGAGUCGAUCUUAUGCGCAAGCAUUCCAUGAUUUUUAGACCAUCGGGCCCGAACUCUCGUGCGCUCACCCUUUAUGAGCAAGCGGUCAAUGAAGCAGCGGCUCAGAUUGCAUGCCAGUUUCCGGCUGCUAUUUACCACAAACGUGAGCUGGCAAUAUUAGCUAAACAAGCUGUCCGAUUGACCGGAUUUGAGUUCCCGAAUGCACGAAGUGGUUAUUAUCCACCGGGAUCUAUCGUCCCGAAUAAAGUUGGCAUAGAGGACUCCUCGGAUUAUUCAGAUCAACCAAUGUCACUUCCAGUUCCUAUCCCUCCGGCCCAUGCUGCUCCGGCUAGUGCAUCUAUGCUACUCCAAAAAUCUGGCUUUUGGAGGCCGGUCAUUUUGCAGAGUGAACAUUUACAAGCAAUAAGAAAUGCAGCAAAGAUGGUGUGUGAGUCGCGUGAAAACCGGCCAUUCCAACCGGAGCCGUAUAGCCGGAAACAAGGGUCGGAAUUAGCCUAUCGUGAAAUGACUGACCUGAUGGAUUUUCGCGGCGAAUCCGAUCGUCCCGAUCGAGUCGAUCUUAUGCGCAAGCAUUCCAUGAUUUUUAGACCAUCGGGCCCGAACUCUCGUGCGCUCACCCUUUAUGAGCAAGCGGUCAAUGAAGCAGCGGCUCAGAUUGCAUGCCAGUUUCCGGCUGCUAUUUACCACAAACGUGAGCUGGCAAUAUUAGCUAAACAAGCUGUCCGAUUGACCGGAUUUGAGUUCCCGAAUGCACGAAGUGGUUAUUAUCCACCGGGAUCUAUCGUCCCGAAUAAAGUUGGCAUAGAGGACUCCUCGGAUUAUUCAGAUCAACCAAUGUCACUUCCAGUUCCUAUCCCUCCGGCCCAUGCUGCUCCGGCUAGUGCAUCUAUGCUACUCCAAAAAUCUGGACUUGGGCAACCUGGUAGUAUCCUAGCCCUCGUGCUUCCUUCGGGUGGCAUGGUAGCUAGGCACCGGAAGGGUGCUACAGUCGAACGCUUUCUCUUUUCUUUUAUUUGGUCUGGAGGAGACAAGUUAGAUGCGUCCAGGUUACAACAACGCGGACACUCACACGGCAAAGGGCAUUCACCCGAUGUCGUACAAAUCAGACUUCAAGGCGAUUAUCCGGUUGGCGAAUCGAUCCCACACGAUAUGUUUUCCUCGGUCGCCGGCAAUCCCUAUUACCUGGACACAAUGAGUGGGGUGGACGGGACACCGGCAACCAUUACCACCUAUGGCGGAAGUGGAAUGAUGGCCUUUGAGGAUGAGAUUGCGACCUCGGGCUUGGACAGUAGCGAAUUGGUACAACUGCUGGGUGGAAGUCAGGCAAUUGCUCAGUUGUCUGACCACCAAUUGGAAGAACUUGGACGUGCUCAGUUCACUGUCGUAGAUCCUAGGGUGGACAGCGAAAUGGCUAACUGCCCAUUGUCAUUGUCUGUGGAAGAAGACGAUCGCCCGCUUGAUGAACCAGAAAUAUUACGGGUAACACGAGCCUCGUGCCUUGAACGUGUGCGGAUUCUUGCAGUUCCCGCAUGCGGAUACACGAGUAUAAAUGCCACACACUUGGCUCGAUGUGUGAAUUUGUUGGAGCUGGACUUGUCAGAAAACGCGCUGCGGGUAUUCCCAAGGCGACUUCAUCUGCCUCGUUUGCAAAGGCUCGGCUUGACCGGCAAUAGGUUUAUCCAUCUCCCUUUGGUUGAACAGUUCCCCCAAUUGAGACGCUUGACGAUGGAUGACAAACUGAAACAGUUGCUCAAUCCUCAAAUGUUAGCCUACUUUUGUCCGAAGCUAAAGUUGAUCAAUGGACAAUACUUUGAAGAACUCUGCACAGACUUCACCGUUCGUAUCAUACAAGAAGCCAGGGCCAUUGUGGAGCCACACGUUCGCUCAAAAUGGGAAGCUGACUUUGCAGACCACUAUCACUCGGUUCAAAACCGCGCCGAGCGAAUGCAGCUUAUCGAACACAUUGUCCAACACUUGAGGGAGCGCAAUCUACUUGUUGAUGAAAGUCUGAACAAGUAUAAGGAUUUGAUGCUUUUUCAGUUUGUUGACAACUACCUUCGAUCCAAGCUGUUCGAUGCUAGUGACGCCGAGCUGAUGACCUCUGUGGCCAGUGUGGGGAGUAAACGCGACCGGAUAUUAACGGCACACUCUGCAACAACCGAUCCUACUGAGUUCGCCACUGAAGAUCUGCUCGCGGAGCCCGCUGUUUCGGACUAUGAAACAUCCCCUCGUUCUGCACCUGCUCUCAGUCAACGGCCUGCCUCGAUGGUUGUGGACAUUGAAACGGAGGACAAUUUGGAUGAUGAUGAAGAGGAGCGUGAGGCUGAGGCACGAGCUGCAAAUGAACGUGCUCUUUUUGAGGCGACCGAUGAGAUUUUGGGCUCCAACCUCCCAGACCCAGCUCUCCUCGCCGGCGCGACGGGGCAGGUCCAAACGACACUCGUUAUGGAUGCCAUGGGCCGGCUGCACCAACAGCAAGUCCUCGUUGCCCCAGCAGGCUACCAGACCAACGGACUUUUAAGCGGAACAAUGCAGACAGGAGGUCAGUCUAAUCAGUUCCAUUUGGCGCGGUCUCUUCGACAAGGUCGCUCUAUUGUCAUGACUGUGGUUCGUCCUCGUGGAGUUAGCGGGCGACCCGUGGCGGAAUUCCUCCCCGGCGAAUUAAGGAACAAAGACUAUGUGAAGGGGUAUAUGGCCUCUGAGAUCUACAAGAAAGCUGUGAAAGAUACUCUUGGCCAGAAGACGACACCGAAAAAACGUCAGGGAGUUAACCGGCCACGGAAGGUAGAUGCGUCAUGGCCCUGUUCACCCUCUUCCGGUAUGGUCCCACUUGGUGAGGUUAAUACUGAGGGCGGGAAAAAAUCCGGAACUAUGGCCUCGAAGAGUCGCCAUCUGAAGAAUGACUACGACAUGCCCGAUAUUCAGCAUCAAGGGAGUGGAACCAAUCUCCCACCUCGACCGAAAAAGCGCAAAACAAUGGGUGGUCAUAGGAGUUUGCGUGAUCUGUGUUCCGAAUCCUCGUAUGGUACAACCGAUAUGUACGGUACUGUGAACGUGGGUAUGGGACCUCGUUCUGACGCAACACCCAUCGACUACGACCCAUUGCAUUUCAUCCGAUGUCACGCCAAGGAUAACGAUGCGGGCGACAGUGAGACCAAAGUGUGGCGCUGCUUGUUCGAGCCGAAUCCGCAGCGACCAGAUGAAACCACGCAUGUGGUUGCUACAUGCGGUGGGGAAUGUGUCUGUCUGAUAAACUGCGAAACGGGUAAAGUGAUGAAACGGUUUAAACACAUGGAAGAGGAGUUCUACACCAUCGCCUGGACCACAGUCGAGGUGGAAUGUGGCAAAGCAACCAACAUCCUCGCUGCAGCCGGUCGAAUGCGCGAGAUUCGUUUGCUCCAUCCGGAGCAACUGGUGUGCUAUGCGGAAAUGAAGGGACACACAGAAGAUAUCACUGCAAUGAUCUUCCACCAAACACAACCCACGAUAUUGUUUAGCGGAGACUCUAAAGCUUCCGUACUGGUUUGGGACAUUGGAAUACCCUCCGUCCCAGACUAUAAGACACGAUAUCAGCUACUGAUGCGCUUACGGUGUCCACGUCUGGAUGUGAACCCAGUGCUGAAUUUGGUCUUUUUACCACACUAUGCCUAUUUAAUUGCCGGCUGUGAGGAUGGUCUGUUUGCCUGGAAGGUGACCGAUCUGCGGCUGGAAAAACGAGAGCGGGAGCCGGACAUGGAACUCAAGUUGGACUUUGAUCACGAAGUAUGCAUUGACGCGCUUUCCCAACUGAGCGAUAAUGCAUUAGUGAUCAAAGUUGUCGAAUCCGGGGAAAUCAUGGUGUUCGAUUUCGCCUCUGUACUCGAACGUCGUAAAGGCCUCCAGCGUGUCGUACCGAUCGAAAUGCGUGGACAUCUAUUGUGGCAGAAGACCGACGAAAUCUACAUUAACGUCUCAGUGAGACAAAAUCUGGGCGCUGUGUUGUGUGGCGACAAUGAGGGUUCAAUUUGGAUUUAUGACCUUGAUCCAUAUCUAGAUGACCUGCAUGCAUCAAGUCGCAAGAAGUUCCAUGUAAAGCCUAUCAAGAUCUUGGAAUGGCCCGAGUGUUCUGUCCAGGGCAAUCGAGAUGAAGAUCAACAGCUCAAGGAAAGCAUUACUUCGGGCUUUCGAAACCCGGUUGUAAACUCUGUUGAGAUGAGUUCGGACGGGUAUUACCUGGCCGCCGUUACGGACAAUAACCUCGUUUGCAUUUGGCGCUACGCACCUCCACUGCAGCAGCAACAGCAGUUUAAUCAAAUUCAGACGCAACCCGUAACCACGCAACAUACGAAUGCCAUGCGACUGAUAGCCAAAACAACUACCGCCUCGAACGCUCGAGACAAUUCGUUGGACUCCGUGCUUGGAACAGCAGUUUCUUCCGGUAAUGCAGAAGACACGAUGUUGGAGCAUUUGGGACUUGAAUAUCCAUGCGCAUCACGACCUUUGUCACAUUUUCCUCCCUAUGUAUACACACGUCAUCGCCAUGUUUUCUGCGAGAAUAUACUAUCUUUUUCAUCCUACUUUCUUGACCUUGUACUGGAAUCUAGUUGCGUUGUCGAUGCCUUCCUGCGUUGUUCAAUGGAGUGUACAGAAUCGGCAAACUUCGGCAUGCCUCUGUUAAAGUGUGACGCUGAACUCACGGGACUUUCCAUUGCUCAUGAACUGGAUAGCGAAAAGAAACGAACGACUGAUAUCCUUCUGCCCAAUGAAUCUGGAGAUAUCUCGACACAGCCGACCAAAUCCGUCUCUUCUGUUCGUUUCUCGGACCUCCAUGUGGCACCACUUGUACUCCGGGGACUAACAGAUAACGGUUUCUCUCGACCGUCGCCGGUUCAGGUCAAAGCUAUCCCCCUCGGUCGUAUGGGACUUGAUCUAAUUGUUCAGGCCAAAUCCGGAACUGGAAAGACCGUUGUUUUUGUGGUCGUAUUGCUGGAAUCAAUCAAUACCCAAAGUCCCACAUUACAAGCCCUUGUCUUAUGUCCAACUCGGGAAAUUGCCCUACAGACUCAGAUUGUCUUUCAACGUCUGGGAGCGCACAUCGCAGGACUCAAGUGUCAGUUGUUCGUUGGAGGUUUGCCACUGGCUGACGACCUUCGACGCCUUCAGCAUUGUCACGUCGCAAUCGGUACACCUGGACGAGUGCGCUAUCUCAUAGAAACUAGCUACAUGCCAGUGGAUCAGGUUCGCCACCUUGUGCUCGACGAGGCAGAUUUACUCUUGGCCGGUGGGGCAGAAGCAGCAAUUACCGGAGGGAGUGCCAAUAAUGCGUUUCCUGCGGAUGUGAACUACAUUUGGUGGAGCUUACCCCAAAACAAACAAGUGAUUGCAUUGUCUGCUACGUAUUCAGAUUAUCUGGCUGAAGAACACUUGCAACGCUAUAUGAACGAUCCGGCAUUGGUUCGAUUGACAUCACACGACCCAGCCCUUGUUGGUGUACGGCAAUUCUUCUGUCUGAUCGAGCCUGCCGAUCGGUCUCCAGCUUCUGUCUUCUCGUGCAAAGUGGCGUUCCUGUGCAAGCUUCUUAGUUCGGUGGAAUUUCAGCAGUGUCUCAUCUUCUCUAAUUUUCAUAGCAGUGCCCAAGAUCUGUGCAAUGCCCUGCAUUCUCGUGGCUGGCCCGUGAGCUACAUUUCUAGCUCACUGGAUCAGGAGGAGCGGUUUCGGGCCUUUAGCCGUCUCAGAGCUUUCCAUUGUCGUGUUCUCGUUUCCACUGAUUUGACUUCUAGGGGGAUUGAUGCAGAGAAUGUAAAUCUUGUGAUCAGUUUGGAAGUACCGUGGGAACAUGAGAUCUACGUGCAUCGUGUUGGUAGAGCCGGUCGAUUCGGAAGCUACGGUGCCUCUGUUUUAGUUGUGGCAAACCUACCUGACGAGACACGUUUGUUGCAACGCUUGCAGAGCAAAUGCGCGACGAAGAUUUGUCAGCUCCCCGGUGAGUGCCUGAUGAAGUGCACCGUUUUGGGUGACGUUUCACCUGAUUCCACUCAGUAG